GAAAACAUGGCGUGCUACACACACGUGAAUUAAACACCAAUUUCCACGAAAGAAUCGGAGGAAUUAAGAACAUACCUAGCUACAAUAUAAAAACAUGACAUCAAUGGAGGAUGAUUUUCCGCGGGGGGGCACAGCCAAGAAGCCCUCUGGAAGCAAACCUGUGAAGCAGCAUGUUGAAGUUGACAACCUGUUUGAGACCCGUGAGCCAGAAGACAAAAAGAAAAGAAAGUUGACAAAAAAGGGGGAUGAAAAGAAGACAAAGAAACAAAAAACUGGCAAAGAGGACACCCUGAAGCUCAAUGCAACCACCAGUGUGGACAUUCUUCAUUUGAAGAGCCUCAAAGUGGGAACUCUUCUCCUGGGCUGUGUGAGGGAGGUCACUGACUUCGAGGUGACCGUCAGUCUUCCCAGUGGCCUCACGGGAUUCCUCCGUGUUGCCAACGUCUCUGAGUCGUACACCAAGGUCCUCAGCGAGCAGCUAGACAGCGAUCUUGAGGAAAUUGUGUCUCUUCCCAAUCUCUUCUCUCCUGGGAUGCUGCUCCGAUGUGCAGUGUCCAGUUUGGGCACCACGAAAGAGGGUCAUGUGAGCCUUCAGCUGUCAGUCAACCCCAAGGAAGUGAACAAGGGGUUAAGUGCUGGAUCACUGAAAGCUGGCAUGAUGCUCAGUGGCUGUGUAGAGAGCAUUGAGGAUCAUGGCUUCUUGGUCGACAUUGGUCUGAGUGGAACUAAAGCUUUCUUACCAAAACAGAAAGCAAAGGAUUCAAAACAAGCCGAGCUCAAGGUGGGCCAGUAUGUGAACUGUCUCCUGGAGGAGGUGAAAAAUGAAGGCCGUAUCGUCCGUCUGUCCGUGAACCCAUCAGCCAUCGCUCAGGCUUUUGCGGAAACCCAGCAUGGCUGGACCCUCAGCAGUCUCCUUCCUGGGCUUUUGGUCAAAGCACAAAUCAAGAAGGUGACUCCACAUGGGCUGAUCUUGGAGUUUCUGUCUUCCUUCACGGGCUCUGUGGACUUCCUGCACAUGGACGCAGACAAAAAGUCAAACUACAGCGUUGGCGAUAAUGUGAAAGCUUGUGUUCUUUAUGUGGAGCCCUCCACGCGCACUGUGGGUUUGUCACUGCGCAGUCACCUCCUGCAGCCAGGGGGCAUCCUGGAGCCAGUGGUGAGCGAGCGAGUCGGUGAGGUGGCGAAGGACUGUAAGAUGACAUCUAUGCACCACCUCUCCGGAGCCACUCUGGAGCUACCAGACGAGACGCCCGUCUUUGCACACAAAAAUCACCUGAAAGAGCCCAAAGAAUCGCUCAAUGUCAAUCGCGUUAUGGCCAGGCCAGCCCACGACUGCAGGAUCAUGGACUUCAGCCCACUGGAGCAGAUUCACCUGGUCAGCCUGCGCAAGAGCAUUAUCGAGGCUCCCUUUCUGAGAUACCAGGACCUUCAGGUUGGCCAGGUUGUGGAGGGCACAGUGACAGCUCUGCAGAACUUUGGGAUGCUGGUGAAGGUGACGGACCAUAUUAAAGGGAUGGUGCCCAGGACUCAUCUGGCUGAUAUUGUGUUGAAGAAUCCAGAGAAGAAGUACAGUGUGGGGAACAAAGUCAAGUGCCGGGUGUUGUCAGUGGAUCCUCAGAUGAGAAAGCUGGUGAUGACGAGGAAGAAGGCCCUCGUGGAGUCCACUCUGCCCCUGUUCCGCAGCUACGCAGAUGCCAGGGCCGGGCGCAUUUCCCAUGGCUUCAUCGUCUGCGUGAAGGACUUUGGCUGCAUAGUCCGUUUCUAUGGCAACGUAAAGGGUCUGGUCCCCAAGCAUGAGCUCAGCACAGAGCCAGUGGUCGUCCCGGAAAAGCUAUUCUACGUCGGCCAGGUUGUCAAAGCCAAGGUCCUGACAUGUGAUGCUGACCAGGAGAAGCUACUCUUGUCCUUCAAGGCUGUUGCAGGCGGGGAGACAGAAACUCCACAGCAGCCACAAUUUAGCUUUGAAGUUGGAAAGAAUGUGGAUGCAACGAUAGUGAGUAAGGUCCUCAAUGGUCUGGAAGUGUCCAUUCUCCCAGAAGAGAUGCCCGCCCUCCUGCCCAUGACACAUCUGUCUGACCACGUCUCUAACUGUGCUCUGCUGUGGGAAGCACUGAAAGAGGGGGAUAUCGUCUCAAAUGCUGUUUGUCUCACUAAGAAAAAGCAGAACAUUACACUGACCAAGAAGCCGUUAGUCAAAGAUGCACUGGAGGAUGGCGUUGUGGCCAGAGAGUUUUCUGAGAUCCAGGUGGGGAUGCAGCUGACAGGGUGGAUCAAGAACAUCAUGCCCUACGGAGUGUUCGUGGAGUUCCCCUUCGGGCUUGUUGGGCUGGCCCCCAAAUCGGCCAUGAGUGACAAAUUCAUCAGCAAUACCAACGUCCCCUUCCAGAUGGGCCAGACAGUGCUGGCCAAGGUGACCAACCUGGAUGAGGAGAAGCAAAGGUUUCUGGUGACUCUGAAAGUUUCAGAAGUCAGCUCUGAGGAGGCUCACAGCCAGGGCAGGCUGGCUCAGGGCCUGCAGGAGAGGAAAGCCGUGACACAAAUGAUAGCCAGCAGAGAGGACUCUGAGCUGCUCCAGUUCCUCUCCACGCUGACAUUAGGGCACAAGCUGAAGGUGACAGUAGACGAAGUGAAGGAAGAUGGGACUGCAACGUUUGUGGCAGACCAGCACAAAGGGGCAACCAUAUCAGCUACAAAGCACCACAUGGCUGGUGUGACCGUUACGCCGGGGCAGAUGGUCACUGCUGUGGUUCUUCAUGUGGAUUUCCCCUCCUCGCAGAUCCAUGUUUCCCUUGCGCCGCGUCUGGUAGCAAAGAAGAAAACUCUUGAGGCAGAUUCAAAACUGUCAGCAGUGGUGGAGUACGUGGACCAAGACUUCGCUGUCAUCUCCUUGGGCGAGACCAGCCAGCUGACGCUGAUUCACACAACCAGUCAUUUGAAUGAGUUCCGCUUUGAGUCUGAGAAGCUGUCUGUGGGAAAGACCUUGACGGUGACUGUGAAGGAGCCCAGCUGUGAGGACCUGGGAGGGCUCCCCCUGGUGUCCUGGGGUUCUGCAGCACCUUCAGCGACCAAACGGGAAAGGAAGGAGUCAGACAGCAAAGGGCCCAAAGGCCCUAAGCACACCUAUCACCAUGGCGACACUGUUAGUGGGACAGUCAAAUCUGUCCGGCCCACCUCAGUUCUUGUGACCCUGGAUAAUGGAGUCAUGGGCUCCAUUCACGUCUCUGAGAUCCAAGACGUUGUGGCAGCAGGCAGCUUUCCCACGUCCUCUCUGAAGGUUGGCAGCACUGUCACGGCCAGGGUCAUCGGCGGGAAGGAGGCUCACAGCCACAAGUUUUUGCCAAUUUCGCAUCCGAACUUCACUUUCACAAUUCCUCAGCUGACAGUUGUCCCGAGUAAGAUGAAGGAAGGCGCCAAGCUGAAGCAAGAAAAGACUGCAAUAAAACUGAGGAGUUUUCAAGCUGGUCAAGAAGUCACGUGUUUUGUAUCUAAGUAUGAUACUGUAAAGAAUUGCCUGGAUGUAACCGUGACCCCGUCCAUUGAUGGCAAUGUGGAACUUCUGGCAAUGACCCUUGAUCACAAAGAAAUCAAGCACCCAGAGAAGCUGUUUAAAAUGGGCCAGGCACUGAAUGCUCAGGUCGUUGGACUCAUCCACUCGAAACGCCUUUCUCUGUCUCUCAUAGGUGCGCAUAGCCUAACACCAGGGACGCGCACUGUUGGGACCAUCCUGAAAAUCGUACCACACAUAGGGCUCAUUGUGAAGUUGCCCUUUGGGAAGAACGGCUGCGUAUCGGUAGUGGACCUCACCGACUCCUACAGACCCAAUCCUCUGAGCCAUUACCAAGCUGGUCAGUUUGUCAGGUGCUGCGUGGUUGGAGAAGAUGACGGCAAGCUUCAGUUGUCUUUGCGUCCAUCCAGGACAAACCCUGACAAGGCACCCCCUGUGAAAGAUGCAGAAGUAUUAUCAAUUGAUGAUCUGAAGGAAGGCCAGCUUGUACGUGGCUACGUAAAAUCUGUGGGAAACCAAGGUGUCUUUAUCAGGCUUUCCCCGUCCAUCACAGGCCGUGCUGAAUUUCAGCAGGUCACCAGCUUCUUUGUGAGCGACCACAGCCUGUAUGCCAAGCACAUUCUCCCCAAUGCCCUGUACACCACCAAGGUGCUGAGGGUGGACAAAAAGAGCGGUCAGGUGGAUUUGUCCCUGCUUCCAGAGGACACAGGGAAACCAGACGUCCUCCCAGAAUCCCUUGGUUUGCCACUGCGCCUGAAAGGGGAGGCGAAGGAGAAGUACGAUUCUCGGAAACGGAAGAGGGCCCAGUCAGAGAGCGAGCAGGACGUACUAGCUGAAAAAGAUUUGAAGAGAAAGAAGAAAAAGAAAGGGGCGAAGUCUGAGGAGGAUGACAGUGGGGUCGAGGUGUAUUUCCGGGAGGAGGAGGAUGAAGAGGCAAAGCCCCAAAAGAAGGAGUCUCAGUCGAACCAGGAGAGCCGAGCGGGCCCAGCAAGGCUCCAGGUUUCCGGAGGCUUCUCCUGGGAUUUGGCCCUCAGCGCUUUGCGACCGGCCACGGUGGGACUCGGCGCAGACUCCAGCGAUGGAGAGGACGAGGAGGAGCAGGCCAAGCCCCAGAAGAAGAGCAAGAAGGAGAAGGAGCUGGAGAAGCGGCAGGCAGAGAAGGAGCUGUCCCAGCUGGAGAGCGAGCUGAUGGACCCGAGCCAGCGGCCCCAGACCUCCGGCAGCUUCGAGCGCUUGGUUCUCAGCUCCCCCGACAGCUCCCUGGUGUGGCUGCAGUACAUGGCCUUCCACCUGCAGGCCACGGAGAUCGAGCAGGCCCGGGCCGUGGCCGAGAGAGCCCUGAAGACCAUCUCCUUCAGGGAGGAGCAGGAGAAGCUGAACGUGUGGGUGGCCCUGCUGAACCUGGAGAACCUGUAUGGCACUGAGGAGAGCCUGCAGAAGGUGUUCGAGAGGGCGCUGCAGUACUGCGAACCACUCCCCGUCUACCAGCAGCUGGCCGACAUCUACACCGAGUCCAACAAGCACAAGGAGGCUGAAAGCCUGUACAAGAACAUGGUGAAGCGCUUCCGCCAGGACAGGGCGGUAUGGCUGAGCUACGGGGCCUUUCUGCUCCGCCAGGGCCAGAGCGACGCUGCUCAUGCCCUCCUGCAGCGGGCGUUCAAGAGUCUCCCAGACAAAGAACAUGUGGACCUGAUUGCAAAGUUUGCACAGCUGGAGUUCCAGCACGGUGACGUGGAGCGGGCCAAGUCGAUGUUCGACAGAACGCUGACAAACUAUCCGAAGCGCACGGAUCUUUGGUCCGUCUACAUUGAUCUGAUGGUGAAGCACGGCACCCAGAAGGAGGUUCGGGAACUGUUUGACCGUGUGAUCCACCUGAGUGUGGCAGUGAAGAGGAUCAAGUUCUUCUUCAAGCGGUACCUGGAAUACGAGAAGAAGAACGGCACGGCAGAGACCGUGCAGGCGGUCAAGGAGAAGGCGCUGGAGUACGUGGAGGCAAAGGGUUCAACGGCUUCCAGCUAAAGGGACUGUGGGUAAACCACGUGCACAAACCCCACCGUGGCCUGCUUGAUGAAUAUCAUCAUAUCAUAGCCAUUUCCCUGCUCAGCGUUGGCCUGUGCAAAAAUGGCUGCCAUUUUCUGCAUUUGGGGUCCCAGGCACAACUCUUGGCGUGCUCUCCUGUGUGCUUCCCACUGUCAUGUAAUUACGAAUGGACUAUAUUUGAAAGUUUUCAUCAUCCAUUUUUAUCUCUUUUUUUUUUUUUGUAUGGAAAGCGAAUUCAACUGACUGAAUGGGUUUUUGUCCCCUUGAUGUGCAACUUCAUUAAAACAUUGCAACAUUGUCAUUAGUAUUGCUACUGUCUGUGGUAUUUAGCAAAAGAUAUUGUGGGGCUGGAAUUACUUUAAAUAGGUCUAUUAUGACUUGUUUUUAAUAAACCAAAUGAUACUAUUUGUGGUACACCCA